AUGUUAGCAUCAUUUCGUAAACAAGAUAAAAAAGAUGAAGAAUCCGCUACAAGCGGUAAUCCGUAUAAAAAUUUGGAGAAAGCAUCAGUUCUACAAGAAGUAGGCGCCCUUCGUCCACAUUUUGCUGUGGUACCAUUGUUCUUUUAUUUUAAGGCACGUACAUUCAAUGAUUCACCGGUUAACCCAAGAAAAUGCACCCAAAUAUUAACAAAAAUUCUUUACAUGAUAAAUCAGCAAGAGACGGGCGAACAAUUGGGACAAACAGAAGCAACAGAAACAUUUUUUGCCAUGACAAAAUUAUUUCAAUCGAAAGAUAUGAUGUUACGUCGUAUGGUCUAUUUAUCAAUAAAAGAUAUGGCUUCAGUAGCGAAUGAUGUUAUUAUUGUUACAUCAAGUUUAACAAAAGAUAUGACUGGUAAAGAAGAUUCACAUCGUGGACCAGCUAUAAGGGCAUUAUGUAAAAUAACCGAUGCUUCAUUGAUGCAAAGUGUUGAACGUUAUAUGAAACAAGCCAUUGUUGAUAAAUUACCUUCAGUCUCAUCUGCCGCUUUAACAUCAUCCACCCAUUUGAUGCGUCAAGGACCAGAGGUUGUUAAACGUUGGGUUAAUGAAGUACAAGAAGCUGUUAAUCAUGAUAAUAUUAUGGUUCAGUAUCACGCAUUGGGUUUACUUUAUCAAAUUCGUCGCGCAGAUAAACAUGCCAUUCGAAAACUAAUAUUAAAAUUUUCAAAAGCUGGACUAAGAAGUCCAUACGCUUACUGUUUUCUUAUUCGUAUUGCUUCGAAUUUAUUAAAUGAAGAAGGUGAAGGAACUGAUAGUCCAAUGUAUGAAUUUAUUGAUUCAUGUUUACGUCAUAAAAACGAAAUGGUCAUCUACGAAGCAGCUUCAACGAUUGUAUCAUUAAAAUGUGUUACACCAAAGGAAUUAUGUUCUGCUGUUAAUGUUUUACAAUUGUUUAUUAGUUCACCAAAGCCAGUUUUAAGAUAUGCUGCUGUUCGAACACUAAAUAAAGUAGCUAUUCAAUAUCCAGCUGCUGUAACAGCGUGUAAUGUAGAUUUAGAAACAUUAAUUACUGAUUCCAAUCGAUCAAUUGCAACGUUAGCUAUAACAACAUUAUUAAAAACUGGUAAUGAAGCUGGUGUCGAUCGUCUAAUGAAACAAAUCUCAUCGUUCAUGUCUGAAAUAUCGGAUCAAUUCAAGACGGUUGUUGUCGACGCUAUUAAAUCGUUAUGUCAAAAGUUUCCUCGUAAGCAUUCAACAUUAAUGUCAUUUCUGGCAAAUAUGUUACGUGAGGAAGGUGGCUAUGAUUAUAAAAAAGCUAUUGUCAAUACAAUUAUAACGAUUGUUGAAGAAAAUCCAGAAGCAAAAGAAGCAGGAUUAGCUCAUUUAUGUGAAUUUAUUGAGGAUUGCGAACAUACAUCGUUGGCCACACGUAUUUUACAUUUACUUGGACGUGAGGGACCACGAACAACAACACCAGCAAAAUAUAUUCGAUAUAUUUAUAAUCGAGUUAUACUUGAAAAUGCACCAGUGAGAGCUGCUGCCGUUAGUGCAUUGGCUAAAUUUGGUGCGGCAUCCGAUGAUUUAUUACCAAAUGUUUUAGUUUUAUUACAUCGAACAAUGUUAGAUCAAGACGAUGAAGUUCGAGAUCGAGCAACAUUUUUCUAUCAUUUACUACAACAAAAUGAUAAAGCAUUAAAUUCGGCUUAUAUUCUUAACUCUAUGAAUGUUUCGCUAUCAUCGUUAGAAAGAUUAUUACAACGCUAUACAAUGGAACCAACUCAAAAACCAUUUGAUGUUAGACAAGUACCCGUUGAAACAGUUCAUGUUGAGCCAGCUAGAGUUGAUAUUGGAAUUUCAAGACCAACCGAACAAGUACCAAGUAGACAAGAUACUUAUACUGAACAAUUAUCUUCGAUUCCUGAAUUUGCUCAUUUGGGUCCAAUAUUUAAAACAUCACCACCUGUUGAUUUAACCGAAAGUGAAGUUGAAUAUGUAGUGAGAUGUAUUAAACAUGUCUUUUCACAUUAUAUUGUAUUCCAAUUCGAUAUUAAUAAUACGUUAAAUGAUCAAUUGUUGGAACGUGUCAGUGUUCAAAUGGAAUCAGCCGAUGGUUUCGAAAUAGUUCAUUAUACACCAUGUCAAGUUAUUAAAUGUAAUGAUAUGGGAACAACGUAUACACUUGUUAAACUGCCGGAUGAUCCAACAGGAGUGACGGGUACCUUAACGUGUACAAUGAAAUAUACAGUGAAAGAUUGUGAUCCAGCUACAGGCGUACCGGAUGACGAAGAAGGCUAUGCUGAUGAAUUUGUGCUCGAAGAUGUUGAAGUGACUGUUUGCGAUCAUAUGCAAAAAGUAUUAAAACCAAAUUGGAAUGCAUCAUGGGAAGAAAUUGGUAGUGAAAAUGAAUUAGAAGAUACAUAUGCAUUAUCAAUGCCAACACUAGAAGAUGCUGUGAAAAAGAUAAUUCAAUAUAUGGGCAUGCAACCGUGUGAACGAUCGGAUAAAAUUGUUGAAGGUCGUUCAUCUCAUACACUCUAUCUUGCUGGUGUUUAUCGUGGUGGUCAUGAUAUAUUGGUUCGAGCAAAAAUGGCAUUAAGUGAAAAUAUUGCCAUGCAAUUGACGGUAAGAAGUACCGAUCAAUCAGCUGUACAAGUAGUAGCAUCAGCUGUCGACUAG